GACGCCUUGACUGACGAUCGAAUAUGAAAAUAUAGAAUGUAGGUUUAAGCUAAUCCUAGCUAGAGACCGCUGAUGUUGUGUUCCUGAGAAUAAUUGACGAGCGAAUGGACGAGAUAGUUGACCAUACAUCACUCAACUGCAUGGCCGAGUGUGCAAGCAUGUAACAGCGACUCAUCUUUAUGCCGACCUCAAUCGAUCAUCGUCUUCUUCAGCAUCUCCCCGACUAUCAACGCUGUAGUGCUCUGGUCCAAUACUGCUGCAUCGCUUCAUGCGUUGCCCUAUUGCUUCUUGCACUUUAUCAAUCAGUAAAAUUAAUCCCGAUCAACCUCAUCAUUAUAUGACCACCAUUAUACUCCUUGAAUUCGAGCCGCUCACCGAAACGGGACUGCUGCUGAUCACCUGUCACCUGCCUUAUCACCUGACGACGUCCAUGGUAGCGCCAUUGCCAUCCGGCACUUUUCCACGUCUUGGAGUACAGUACUAACUGUAUGUAUCAGCCAAGCGGCCCGAAUAUGCCGCGGAAGGAUGAUGGACCGCCAAGCUUUGAAAAAGUAUUUUGGGAACUUGCUGUCUAUCAACGGUUUUUUUUGUCAGUCAACUGAACGGUAUCAAGGUGUAUACAUGAGCCGUAGCCCUUCGAAUAUAAGGAGCUCAGAUGGCCUUAUACAUGGCAGUUAUUCCCCCCGGCCUAUUACACCCCAUUCUUCUGACCCCACUCAAAACAUGUCCCAGUAUUUGAAGGAAGAUGAGAAGGAAGUCGUUGUACACCUAGAGAACGCCCCCCAGUCAGAUAUACAAGAUCUUGAAAAUGGCCACAAUAAAAGAAGGGCAAACAAUCAGGCAGAUGAGGCUGCCAAGAUCCUCGAAGAUCGGGGUCCGAUCGAGUACACGUUCGAAGACAACAAGAGAGUACUUCGCAUGGUGGACAUCUAUGUUUGCAUUCCCAUGUGCAUGGUCUACAUGAUUCAGCAGCUUGACAAAGGCGCUGUCAGCCAGGCUGCCGUUUUCGAUUUGCGAGAAGAAACCAACUUACAGGGAAGCGAAUAUUCAUGGCUGUCCUCCUGUGUCUAUGUUUCACAACUCAUAUUCCAGCCUUUGUCGUCUUAUGCCCUGGUUGUAUUUCCUGUCAAAUACUGGGUCAUGUUCAAUUUCAUUGCUUGGUCCAUUGUAACGAUCUGCACCACGGCUGCCAAAAGCUUUGCUGGACUGCUGGUUGCUCGUAUCUUGUUGGGAGCGUUUGAGGCCACCAUUCUACCAUCCUUCGUGUUCAUCACACAAAUGUGGUGGACCCGUAGGGAACAAUCUUAUCGAACCGUCGCGUGGCAAGUAGCCAACUCUUGCGCAGCUAUUCUCGGUCCUCUCUUAGCUUUUGGUGUUGGUCAUGUCAACUCUGGAAUCAAACCUUAUCAAGGAAUUUUCAUCUGUAUGGGUGCUCUGUCCCUUGCCUGUGUUCCAAUUGUAUGGUGGCUUCUCCCCAAUUCUCCCACCACUGCUCGCUUCCUUCGUCAUGGAGAGGAUCGUUACAUCGCUCUGGAACGUCUUCGGCAAAACCAGAUGGGUACUAAGUCAUCAACAUGGAAGUGGAACCAGGUUCGAGAAACUUACCGAGACCCAAAGACUUACAUGUGGGCAGCGAUGUACUUGUGCACUGCUACACCUUCUGGUGGUAUAGGUGCAUUCAGUGGUUUGAUUAUCAAAGGCUUCAACUUUAACUCUUUUGAGACGACCCUCAUGUCCAUUCCUACAGGCGUGAUUGGCAUUAUCACUCUUAUCAUUGGUAUCUGGCUCACUAAUCGCAUAAAAACUCGUUGGAUCGUCCUUGUUAUAAUUACCCUUUUCCCCAUUGCUGGUCUUGCAGCCCUUUGCAACGUUGAUCGCUCCAAUACGGCAGGUUUGAUGGCCUCAUUCUACAUCGCGUAUCCAUUGGCAGGUAUACAGCCGCUUCUCUACAGUUGGGCUGGAUUGAACGCUGCAGGAACUACAAAGCGAGUGGUAGUUUUCGCCACCAUGUUUGUCUUCCAAUGCACUGGUAACAUCAUUGGUCCACAGGUUUAUCUUGAGAGGGAAGCCCCUUACUACUACACCGGUAUUUAUGUAAACGUCGGUUGCUAUUCAGCCCUCAUCAUCCUCAUGGUGGCAAUGUCCUUUUACCUUCGAUUCCUCAAUAGGCGACAGGCAAGGCGUCGAGCCGCACUGGGUUUACCUGAGGAGCUGGAAGACAUGUCAAUCAUGACCAUCGAAGAGGCAAAGGCAUACAAGACCAAAUUGACUCAGCAGAUGCAAGAGAAGGGAUUGGAUGAAGCCAAGUUGUAUGAGAAUGCGUUUGAUGAUAUGACAGAUAUGGAGAAUCCGGCGUUUAUAUAUGUAUUAUAAUCUGGAAGGACCUCGUUGAAAAGCCCCAGAGCAAUUGGAAAUGGUCGUUAGGGAUUUGUAGGAGUAUAGCCUAUAUCGAAUAAUUUCGAUAAAUGAAG